AUGAAGAUUCUGACUUCUCUUUUAAUGUUUACUCUCCUCUUUUCGACUACUAAAUCAAGAGUAGCUGAUUCAAACGAUGGUGUUUUUGAAGAGGUUAAGGUUGGUUUGGUGGUUGACUUGGGUUCCGUAGAAGGCAAGAUUCUCAAGACUUCAUUUACCUUAGCGCUCUCAGAUUUCUAUGGCAUAAACAUUGAGUAUCGAACCAGAGUCUCUGUUUUAGUAAGAGACUCCCGAGGAGACCCUCUCCUUGCCCUUGCUGCAGCUAGAAAUCUUGUCAAGAAAGCAAGAGUGGAAGUCAUUGUUGGUGGACAAUCAUUACAAGAAGCAACGCUUCUAGCAGCGCUUAGCGAUAAAACUAAACUUGUAGUGAUAUCUCCUCUCUUGCCGUAUACGUUAUCUUUGAACAAGUACAGUCGCUUGAUCCAGUGGACGCAUGAUACGGCAUCAGAGGCAAAGGGUAUUGCGAGUCUGGUGCACGAUAUCGCUUGCAUUCUAGCAAAUGUUGUAGAGAAGAGAAGUCUAAGAGCCAAAGCAACACCUAGUAGUGCUGUUGAAGCCUCUUGGAAUCUGACAGAUCUUGUAAAGCUAAUCAAACAUAGUAGAAGAUUCAAUGGUGACAUCCAAAUCAAUGAAGAGGCAUUUGAAACCGUGAAUAUUGUAGGGAGAAAAGAGAGAAGGUUAGGAUUGUGGAGGAGUGGUAGUUUCAGUAAAAGAAGACGCAUCAUUUGGCCUGGUGGAUCUAAUAAAAUGCCACCAAGACACCGUUUCUUGGCAGAGAAUGGUGAAAAGAAGAAGUUGCUUAGGGUGUUAGUUCCCUCAGGAAACACGGUCCCAAAUCUAGUGAGGGUGAGUCCUGAUCCUGAAACUGGUGUUGUUACUGUCACUGGAUUAUGCAUGGAGAUUUUCAAGACUUGCAUGGAUCCUCUUAAGUACGAGCUGGAGUUCAUACCUUAUAACGGAAGCUAUGACAAUCUCGCUUAUCUACUCUCUACUCAGAGAGACAAAUAUGAUGCAGCUGCUGGUGAUUUAACCAUCACUUCCAACAGAUCUUUGUAUGUUGAGUUUACAUUGCCUUUCACGGACAUUGGUAUAGGAGCCCUGACAUUGAAGAAGAAGAAACAUGGCAUGUGGACGUUCUUUGACCCUUUUGAGAAACCCUUGUGGCUAGCAAGUGGAGCUUUCUUCAUCUUGACUGGGGUUGUUGUUUGGUUGGUUGAACGGCCCGUUAACCCGGAGUUCCAGGGACCUUGGAAACAACAACUUGGUACAGUGCUAUGGUUUGGAUUCUCUACCAUUGUAUUUGCUCACAGUAAAGAGAAGCUGCAAAAAAUGUCAUCAAGAUUCCUAGUGAUAGUUUGGAUGUUUGUUGUGUUGAUAUUGACUGCAAGUUACAGUGCAAACUUGACAUCAACCAAGACCAUUUCUCGCAUACAAUUAGAUAACCAGCUGAGUUUUGGUCCUUCCAUAUUGAUGAAGAUUAGCAACUCCAUUAAUGCGAUUGAGGCAUACGCUAAGGUUUUGAGAGAUGGAACUCUCACUCAUGUGGUCGGUGAAAUACCCUAUCUCAAUAUUCUUCUAGGACAGUAUCCAGACGUUUUCGCCAUGACAGAUAGAGAGGCUAUUACCAAUGGCUUUGGCUUCAUGUUCCAAAAAGGUUCGGGGUUGGCUCCUAAAGUGUCACGAGAAAUAGCGAAGCUAAGGACAUCGGGAACGUUGAAAGACAUGGAGAAAAGAUGGUUCCAAAAAAUGGAUUCAUUCUAUGUAAAUUCUAACGACAUUAAUGAUGACGACAACGACGCAUCUAACCGCUUCACAUUUGGUGAGUUGGGCGGUUUGUUCAUCAUUGCUGGAGCUGCUCAUGCUCUUGUACUAGUCAUGCAUCUCUUUCAGACACGUCGUGAGAUUUACCGUGUUUUGUGCGAAUCUCGACUGUUCACUAAGCUGAAAAGCUCUGCCAGUCUCUGGAGAUGCUAA